AUGGGCGUGUAUUUUCCGCCCUCUACAGGCCUGGACCCCUCCAGCGCCUCGAUCCUGCACAUCACCCGGCCGCGGGACAGCGAGCUGGCCAUGCUCUUCGCAGAGCACGCGCGCUGGGCGCAGCGCGAGACGCUGAAGGCCCUGCGCCUUGCCGCGGCCGACGCCUCGCAGGCCGUCGACAGCGCCUCGCGAGCCGCGGCAGGGGUCUCCUCGGCGCUGCGCCAGCCAGGGGUUGAGUUCCCAGUCUACAAGGAGAAGGCGCUGCCGGGCGAGCCGUGGUUCGCAGGCAGCCAGCCGCAGAAGUGGCACGGGCUGCUGCAGGGCCAGCCCCCGGGAGGCACGAGCCUGCGAGACCUGGCCUUGUGGUUCCAGAAGCACCCCGGGCCCCCAGAUCAGGAGGAGGUGCCGAAGAUCGACAUGGGCACGCCGCAGAAGGCGGGGGCCGCCCGCAUCAGCGACCGCGGCCCGGCCCCGGCGCCCUUCCUCGUGCCGCCCGUGUGGCGCCACACGCGCGGCGACGAGGGCCACGACGGC